UAGAAAGGGAGGAAAGAGAACACUGCUGCAGCUUGGAUCUACAACCUAAGAAAGCAAGAGUGAUCAAUCCCAGCUCUGUGAAACAUCUUGUUUAUUUCCUGUGUUCAGCAGCUUGCAAAUGGUUAACUAUAUGCAAAAAAAGUCAGCAUAGCUGUGAAGUAUGCCGUGAAUUUUAAUUGGGGAAAAAAGGCAACUGCUUCAGGAUGAUCUAGCAUGCACUCUGCCUGAAAUAUUUUCAAUGAAAUGCUCAGCAUUUGGUCUUUGAGCAGAGGUUUUUAACUUUAUGAAGCAAUGGGACCUGCCAAAAAGUGAAAUUUGAGAAGAAAGUACGUGGUGGUUGGUGUUUUCUUUUUUAGUAAGGAAACUGAAUUUACUUUGAACAUCUCUUCCAGCUGUGCAUUACAGAUAACGUCAGGAAGAGUCUCUGCUUUACAGAAUCAGAUUUCAUCACACGACAACAUGAAGCUGUGGAUUCAUCUCUUAUAUUCAUCUCUCCUUGCCUGCAUAUCUUCUCAGUCCCAAACUCCAAUGUCCUCGACCAGAGGUUCUUGUGAUUCUCUUUGCAAUUGUGAGGAAAAAGAUGGCACAAUGCUAAUAAAUUGUGAAGAAAAAGGUAUCAAGAAGUUAUCCCAAAUAAGUGUACCACCAUCACGACCUUUCCACCUAAGUUUAUUAAAUAAUGGCUUGACAAUGCUUCACACAAAUGACUUUUCUGGGCUUACCAAUGCUAUCUCAAUACACCUUGGAUUUAACAAUAUUGCAGAUAUUGAGUCUGGUGCAUUUAAUGGCCUUGGCCUUCUUAAGCAACUUCAUAUCAAUCACAAUUCAUUAGAAAUUCUCAAAGAGGAUACCUUCCAUGGACUGGAAAACCUGGAAUUCCUCCAAGCAGAUAACAAUUUCAUUACAGUGAUUGAACCAAGUGCCUUUAGCAAGCUUAACAGACUUAAAGUGUUAAUUUUAAAUGACAAUGCCAUUGAGAGUCUUCCUCCAAACAUAUUUCGGUUCGUUCCUUUAACCCAUCUAGAUCUUCGUGGAAAUCAGUUGCAAACAUUGCCUUAUGUUGGCUUUUUAGAACACAUUGGCCGGAUAUUGGACCUCCAAUUGGAGGACAAUAAGUGGACCUGUAAUUGUGACUUAUUAGAGCUAAAAAUUUGGUUGGAAAACAUGCCUCCACAGUCUGUAAUUGGUGAUGUCGUCUGCAACAGCCCUCCAUUUUUCAAAGGAAGUAUACUAAGCAGACUGAAAAAGGAAUCAAUUUGCCCCACCCCACCAGUGUAUGAAGAACACGAGGAUCCAUCAGGAUCGUUGCAUCUGGCAGCAACUUCUUCAAUGAGUGAAAGUCACGUGUCAACUAAAACCACACCUCUUUCAAAACCAACCACCAAAGUACCAGUUUUGAUACCCUAUAUUACAAAGCCAUUCACUCAACUCCCAGGACCCUACUGUCCUAUUCCCUGUAACUGCAAAGUACUAUCCCCAUCAGGACUUCUAGUACACUGUCAGGAGCGCAAUAUUGAAAGCUUAUCAGAUCUAAAACCUCCUCCACAAAAUCCCAGAAAGCUUGUGCUAGCAGGGAAUAUUAUCCAUACAUUAAUGAAGUCUGAUCUAGUGGAAUACUUCACUUUGGAAAUGCUUCACUUGGGAAAUAAUCGUAUUGAGGUUCUUGAGGAAGGCUCAUUUAUGAAUCUGACAAGAUUGCAAAAGCUCUAUCUAAAUGGUAACCACCUGACCAAAUUAAGUAGAGGCAUGUUCCUUGGUCUCCACAAUCUUGAAUACUUAUAUCUUGAAUACAAUGCAGUUAAGGAAAUAUUGCCAGGGACCUUUAACCCAAUGCCUAAACUUAAAGUCCUCUAUUUAAAUAACAACCUCCUGCAAGUUUUACCACCACAUAUUUUUUCAGGGGUUUCCCUAACAAGGAUAAACCUGAAAACAAACCAGUUUACCCAUCUCCCUGUAAGUAAUAUCUUGGAUGACCUUGACUUAUUGACUCAGAUUGACCUUGAGGACAAUCCCUGGGAUUGCUCCUGUGACCUGGUUGGAUUGCAACAAUGGCUACAAAAACUAAGUAAGAACACAGUAACAGAUGACAUCCUCUGCACCUCUCCAGAGCACCUGGACAAAAAGGAAUUAAAAGCACUAACUAGUGAACUUCUUUGCCCUGGUUUAGUCAAUAACCCAUCCCUGCCAACUCAAACUAGUUACAUAAUUGUCAGUACCCCUGCAACCACAACUACAGCCGAUACUAUUUUGAGAUCACUUACUGAUGCUGUACCACUCUCUGUUCUAAUACUAGGACUGCUGAUUGUGUUCAUAACCAUUGUGUUCUGUGCUGCAGGGAUAGUGGUUCUUGUUCUCCACCGCAGGAGAAGAUACAAAAAGAAACAAGCUGAUGAGCAGAUGAGAGACAACAGUCCAGUCCAUCUCCAGUAUAGUAUGUAUGGCCAUAAAACAACUCACCACACUACUGAGAGACCCACUGCAUCACUCUAUGAGCAGCACAUGGUGAGUCCCAUGGUUCAUGUCUAUAGAAGUCCAUCCUUUGGCCCAAAGCAUUUGGAAGAUGAAGAAGAAAGGAAUGAGAAAGAUGGAAGUGAUGCGAAACAUCUCCAAAGAAGUCUUUUAGAACGGGAAAAUCAUUCACCACUCACAGGGUCAAAUAUGAAAUACAAAACCACAGACCAAUCAACUGAAUUUUUAUCUUUUCAGGAUGCCAGUUCAUUAUAUAGGAACAUUUUAGAGAAAGAAAGAGAACUUCAGCAACUGGGAAUCACAGAAUACCUAAGGAAGAACAUUGCUCAACUCCAGCCUGACAUGGAGGUACAUUAUCCUGGAGCCCACGAAGAGUUAAAAUUAAUGGAGACUUUAAUGUACUCAAGGCCCAGGAAGGUAUUAGUGGAACAGACUAAAAAUGAGUAUUUUGAGCUUAAAGCUAACUUACAUGCUGAACCUGACUACUUAGAAGUUCUGGAGCAGCAAACAUAGAUGGAGAGAUUGGGGCUUUUGCAGAAAUGCUGUGAUUCUGUCUUAAGUCCAAUCCUUGUAAAUAAGUGCCUUACAUGUGUGUCAUCAAUCAGAACUAAAGCACAGCAGUAAUCCUAUGGGAAAAAAAAGAAGAAAAAGAAACUCAGGGAUCAUUGGGAGAAGCCAUUGCAUUGUCUUUGGGCAAUUUUGCCUACCCCCGAUAAAAUAAAUCCUUGCAUGUAAAUCAUCCAAGGAUUAUAGUAAUAUUUCUCCAUAUACUUAAAAGUGUUUCAGAAGAGUCCUCUUGCACAUCUAAGAGGUUGAGUCUUUAAGCAACCCUUAUUUCCUUGAAUUACUUUACCAGUGGAUGAAAUAGAAUUGGGUUUUGUCAUUUAAAAGCUAUACCUGUGUAUGUAGUUAUUAUAAUAUGUAAGGAAUAUAUUGUUUAUAUAAUCAGUAUAUACCACAAAAAUGUACAUUGUCAGAUACACCUAAUUUUCUUGAAAUAAAGGCAAAAGGAACUGGAACUUCAAAAUUACCACUAGUAAUAGUAAAGAAAAAAAAGAAGGUUGAAUUAGUAGGCUAUGAGGAGCCCAAGACUUCAAAGUUUUCAUUUGAGGGUUAGAAAAAUACCACUGCUAUGCUUUCUGAAUUUGAAAAUAGGAGUGAUUAAUAGUUCAGGUGGAUAAAUAGGCAAACUUUUUUGGUUUUUCUGCACAUUUUGUGUGGACAAUCUUACUGUUAAUGCUGCUGUGAACUAAGGUAUGUCAUUUGUGCUCAAAGUUCAUUUUUUUUCCUUGGGAUAUUUUUAAAAUGCUACUGAUACUCAAUUGUAAAUAUGAUUAGUGCAUAAAUUAAGUUUAGUUUCUUUCAUAGCAUUAAUCCUUUGUAAAUUUGAAUGACCAUGAUAGAAAUAUGUUUCUUGUGGCAAGUAAUAAUUCACAGGUGUAAAACAAAUAGGAAAAAUUGUGUUUUUAAAAAUCUUUAUUGAUGUAAACUGAUAGUUGCCAUAAAUUAGUAGCAAAAGGCACGUCUAAGGGUAAGUGUUUUAAGUUGCCUCAGGAGUGGGACAAUGUAGCUUUAUUUUACAAGAAAGUAUAGCUAGAUUUCUAUGAACUAUUUAUUCUGUACAGUUUUGUAUAUUUUUGGUUCACAAAGGUAAUUAUUCUUGGGUGCCUUUCAAGAAGAUUAAAAAUACCACUCACAA